AUGAGCAAGAACAACAAAGUAGAUGACGGCGCUGAGAAGAAAACGGCGUCAGUCACUGUCGUUUUGAAAGUCAAUAUACAUUGCGAUGGUUGCGCUUCAAAACUCGUUAAACGCGUUCGUGCUUUCCAAGGCGUUAAGACAGUGAAAGCAGACUCAGGGACUGGGAAAGUAACAGUGACCGGAGAUGUAGAUCCGGCUAAACUCCGGGAGCAACUUGAAGUGGAGCUAAAGAAGAAAGUCGAGCUGGUUUCUCCUCAGCUCAAGAAGGAGAAAGAGAAAGAGAAAGAGAAAGAGAAAGAGAAAGACAAUGACAAUAAGGACAAAAGCGUUGAAGACAAAAACAAAGACAAGAAGUCAGAGGAGAAGAAACCUAAAGAAGCUCAGGUAACAACGGUGGUACUGAAGGUGGACUUGCACUGUCAAGGUUGUAUUGGGAAAAUUCAAAAGACUGUCUCUAAAACCAAAGGUGUGAGUGGGCUAUCAAUAGAUCACGAGAAGCAGUUAGUGACGGUUAAAGGAACAAUAGAUGUGCAAAAGCUCGUCAAGAGUUUGACUAAGAAGCUGAAACGUAACGUGGAGAUUGUGACGCCGGCGAAGAAAGAGAAAGAAACUGGUGAUAAGAAUAAAGGAGACGGAGGAGGAGGAAAGGAUAAUUCCGGUAGCAAUGGGAAUGUGAUGGAGCACGUGGCGGCUCAGCCUACAGAUGAGUCUACGUAUUAUCAGAGUGGGACUGAUGAAAAUCCGACUCAAACCGCACUUAAUAUGUUCAGCGAUGAUAAUCCGAAUGCUUGUGUCGUUAUGUGAAAGACGGUUGGUA